AUGUCGGUCGCUUAUGAAAAGGUUGCUAGCUUACAGUUCACAGCGUACCUCUUUUCACAAGUCACGGACGUAGAACUUGCGUGGCUUUGGCGCUGUCUUCUCAUCAUUGCGCAACCAGACGUGGACAUCAAGUAUCACAACAACCUGGUCAAUAUUUUCUUUCAGUUUAUACGCUAUGAUCUGUCUGGCUGCCUCGUGUGCAAACUGUGCAUUGUAUAUAAAGGUGAGUCCAGUCACAAUCGCAAGCAGGAGCAAAUCCAAAACUUGCUGGCUACGUUGUGCUAUCGCUCCUUUAACCGAAGGAAGUUCAAGCGCACGGCCGAUAUCAAACACAUUGAGUUUCAGUACAAUGUUAACUUGGAUCCUAAUGCUACUGUGCCGUGGGCCACCAUACAUACGGAGGACCACGCAGGCAAUCAUCAAUGGGCACAAGGAGAGAAGAGGAACGUUGGCUGCUGGUUCUCACUUAUGCAUCACUAUAAGGUUGAGACGCCAGUUUCGGGCUGGAACUUGCAUCCGCAGACCCACCGCCCGUACAAAUACCUCAAUACUUGCAACCACAUGAUGGGCGAGAAGGACAACAAUCCGAAUCUCAGCAAGUUCAACUGGAUCGAAUAUCCGUUCCAGCCAGGUGGUGAUGAAGAUGCAUUCAAAUAUGUGGUAGAUCAUGUGCCUACCAAGUGCAAUUUCUGUUCAUGUCUGUGCUUUUGCCGGGCACGAAAUGGCGGUGGCUGGUGCGACCGCCACCCAGGAGGGAACACGGUUUCACGAGAUGGCAAGUCUAUCUACUUGAAGCAUCCAUCCACCAAUUCACUGACAUCCUCUCAAUUAUUGAGUAUGGGCAUCUGCUUCUUCGUCUUGCCGUCAUUGGACGUGCUAGGUACCAGAAAACGAUAG